GAAAUUGCUUAAACAUGCAGAACAAGAAGAUUGUUCUACUUUUUCUAAUGGUUUCAGCUUUUCUUUUAUCAACUUCAAUGGCGGGUCGACGACCCAAGGUCAUAAACAUGGCUGAGGAAAUAAAUGCAGGCUUUGAGGAUGGUGAUGAAGGAAGUGGAGUCCACGAAAGGAUGCUUAGAGCAAACACGAGAGACUAUGGAAAAUACGAUCCAUCGCCGGCUCUUGUGAAGCCUCCUUUCAAGCUCAUACCUAAUUGA